UAUGUUUUUAAUGCCCAGAACAUUCUGAAAUAAAACACAAGGAAGUGUGGUUACCUCUGAGGAAUGCCAAUGGAGAGAUGUGGCAGCUGAAGGCAUCAGGAAUGCAGGGAGAGUAGAAACUUUUCCUUUUCAUUUUAUAUUCCUGUGCACUGUUUUAAUUUUUAUAACCAUGUACUUUUUGAAAAAUAUAUUUUUAUUGAUUUCUGAGAGGAAGGGAGAGGGAGAGAGAAAUAUCAAUGAUGAAGGAGAAUCACCGAUUGGCUGUCUCCUGUAUGCCUCCCCACUGGAGUUGCAGCCCACAACCCGAGCAUGUGCCCUUGACCAGAAUCAAACCCAGAACCCUUCAGUCUGCAGGCUGACGCUCUAUCCACUGAGCCAAACCGGCUAGGGCUAUAACCGUGUACUUUUAAUACUUUAAAUCUUUUUUAAAGGCCUGGAUUAGUCCAGUCCUUAUCAGCCUCCACCAGGGUGUACCAUGCAUGGCCAGGGCCAGAAAGUGCAGAAGGGGAGGGUGCAGCCCAUCAACCUCAUCUGCAGACCCUUGCAGAAUAGCUCUCCAAUUCGGGCGUGGCUUUAAGGGUAAGUGACCUUGCAGAUGGAGGGUUUCGAUGAGCAUAUGAACCUUGUACUAGAUGAUGCAGAAGAGGUUCAUUCUAAAACAAAGUCAAGAAAACAACUGGGUCAGAUCAUACUAAAAGGAGAUAUUGCUCUGCUCCAAAGUGUCUCCAACUAGAAAUGCCUAAUAACGUGAGAAAUUGUUGAGAAGGCAAUAACAGGUUGUGGU